GCGGCGGCGGCGGGGCAGCUCCGGGGCGGGAGCUCGCGAGCAGCUCAGUCGGCGGACGGUCACCCGGCUGAUCCCUCGGGCGGUCGCGCGGCGGAGUCCCAAGGCGCACGCGCGCACGCCCCCCGCGCCCCGCCUCUGCGCGCUUCCGCGUCCCACGACCCCGCGCCGCGGGCUGCUGAGUGUGGCAUGCGGGACUACGACGAGGUGACCGCCUUCCUGGGCGAGUGGGGGCCCUUCCAGCGCCUCAUCUUCUUCCUGCUCAGCUCCAGCAUCAUCCCCAACGGCUUCAACGGCAUGUCCGCCGUGUUCCUGACUGCGACCCCCGAGCACCGCUGCCGGGUGCCCGACUCCGCGAACCUGAGCAGCGCCUGGCGCAACCACAGUGCCCCGCUCCGGCUGCAGGACGGCCGCCAGGUGCCCCACAACUGCCGGCGCUACCGGCUCGCCGCGAUCGCCAACUUCUCGGCGCUCGGGCUGGAGCCGGGGCGCGACGUGGACCUGGAGCAGCUGGAGCAGGAGGACUGCCUGGAUGGCUGGGAGUUCAGCCAGGACGUCUACCUGUCCACCAUCGUGACCGAGUGGAACCUGGUGUGUGAGGACGACUGGAAGGCCCCGCUCACGGUCUCCUUGUUUUUCGUGGGUGUGCUGAUAGGCUCCUUCAUUUCGGGGCAGCUCUCAGACAGGUUUGGUCGGAAGAACGUGCUGUUUGUGACCAUGGCCAUGCAGACAGGCUUCAGCUUCCUGCAGAUCUUCUCCAGCAACUUUGAGAUGUUUGCCGUGCUGUUUGUCCUUGUAGGCAUGGGCCAGAUCUCCAACUAUGUGGCAGCAUUUGUCCUGGGAACAGAAAUUCUUGGCAAGUCCAUUCGUAUUAUAUUCUCUACGUUAGGAGUGUGCAUAUUUUAUGCAAUUGGCUACAUGCUGCUGCCACUGUUUGGUUACUUCAUCAGAGACUGGCGGAUGCUGCUGCUGGCGCUGACAUUGCCGGGGCUGCUGUGCGCAGUGCUCUGGUGGUUCAUCCCCGAGUCCCCCCGAUGGCUCAUCUCUCAGGGACGAUUUAAAGAGGCAGAGGUGAUCAUCCAUAGGGCUGCCAAAAUCAAUGGGAUUGUUGCACCCUCAGCCAUCUUUGAACCAAGCGAGCUACAAGACCUAAGUUCCCAGAAGCCGCAGUCCCACAGCAUUCUGGAUCUGCUCCGAACCCGGAACAUCCGAAUGGUCACCAUCAUGUCCAUAAUUCUGUGGAUGACCAUAGCAGUGGGCUAUUUCGGGCUCUCCCUGGACACCCCUAACUUGCAUGGCGACGCCUAUGUGAACUGCUUCCUAUCGGCAGUGGUGGAAGUCCCCGCGUACGUGCUGGCCUGGCUGCUGCUGCGGCACCUGCCCCGCCGCUACUCCAUGGCCACCGCCCUCUUCCUGGGCGGCAGCGUCCUCCUCUUCGUGCAGCUGGUGCCCCCAGACUUGUAUUAUUUGUCCACCGUCCUGGUGAUGGUGGGCAAGUUUGGAGUCACUGCUGCCUUUUCCAUGGUCUACGUGUACACAGCCGAGCUGUACCCCACCGUGGUCAGAAAUAUGGGCGUGGGAAUCAGCUCCAUGGCGUCCCGCCUGGGCAGCAUCCUGUCUCCCUACUUCAUUUACCUUGGUGCCUACGACCGCUUCCUCCCCUACAUUCUCAUGGGAAGUCUGACCAUCCUGACAGCCAUUCUCACCUUGUUCCUCCCAGAGAGCUUCGGUAUCCCCCUCCCAGACACCAUUGACCAGAUGCUAAGAGUGAAAGGGAUAAAAUACAGGCAAACUCCAAGCCACACAAGGAUGUUAAAAGAUGAUGAAGAAAGCCCCACAGUCCUUAAAAGCACAGCCUUCUAACCACCUCUAGUGAGUGAGAAAGUGAAGAGGAAAGACUGGUCUUGUCAGAAACUGUGUAGAUGCUGAGUCCUUCAGCGACAGGGUCUUUGCCGUUCAUUCCGUCGACCCUUUGUCUGACAAGCUCGCGGAUGGGCACCUGGGCUCAGAGGCUGCGUGUGGUCCUAGAGCGCCACCUUCCCUCCAGCGACACCGUGGCUACUGACAGACAACUUCAGAGAAGUCCUAACAUGAUGGACGGAGCACUUCCUAAGAAGUGAACUAGAACCAUUGGGAUUUGGAAGAAUAUAAGAGGCAUCUGCUAAAUUUACAUUUUAAUUUCAGACUUCCUGAAAAGGCCUCCUAAUAAAACUGGAGGUCUAAAUCCCACCCUCUAAAUAUUUUCUUCGAUUCCCUCUAAUGGUGCACUUUAGAGGGAAAAAGAUCAUUUCAGCCCUGGCUGGUGUGGUUCAGUGGUUAGAGCAUCAGCCCACAUACCGAAGGGUCCUGGGUUCCAUUCCUGAUCAAGGGCACGUACCUGGGUUGCAGAUUCAAUCCCCAGCCCUGG